UUUCAGGUGCUAAAAUCGCAAGCGAUCUUGCAUUCAACAUUGGCACGGUAAUCCCAUUAAUUGCUCUUCCAGCUAUAAUAUUUAAAGAAAUAAUCAAUUUAACUGAAAGAGCAGGACAUAAUAAAGCAAUUUGUAAUAGGUUAGCUGAUCGUAUACGUGUUGCAAACCAAGCUCUUGAUAAAAUUAUUGUAAAAGAUGAAAAUGACUUGGCCUUAAAAGGCUAUGUUCGUGCGAUAACAAAAUGCAAGGAGUUUAUUGACAAAAUUAGCAAGUCGUCGCCAUUUAUGAAAUUAAUUGCUGCUCGCGAGAUCGAAAAUAAUUAUAAUGAAAUUACCAAAGAAUUUGAUUCAGCAAUUGCACAAUUAGGAUUAGCGACUUGUCUUCGAACGAACAGAGACAUUGAAGACGACCAAAGAAUCUUCCAUGCUGAUAUUAAAACAUCACUUCAAGUCAUAGAAGAAGUUAUGCAGGACUUAUUUGAAAACGGAAUGAACAACACAGAGAAAAUUAAUGCCGUCGAAAAUAAGUUGACUAUGAUUCAAAUGGCCAUUACCAAUGAUCAAAGUUCAGCGGCAAAUAAAAUCUUUAAAAAAUCUCAAAUUUCUGGGAAUCAAAUUACAGAUCAUAUAGAAAAUGGAAAGGAAGUGAAACGUGGUGACGGACAAAUCAUUAAAAAAAUUAUGAGCGGAGUGCAACCAGUUGCUCAAAAGGAAAUCGCAUAUAUCGCGACCUUAAGAUCUUCAGAUGGUAAUGCUACAGAAGAUCCCGCAGGAAAAAUUGAAAAACUUGAAAAACAGGUCUCUAUUCUUACAGAGCUGAAAAAUUGCUUGAAUAUCAUAGCCUUUUAUGGCACAACGCAGGUUAACGGUAAAUUGUACAUUAUUUCGGAAUGGGCAGAAAUGGGGGAUCUCAAUACCUACUUGAAAAACAACCCAGGCCUAUCAUGGGACUUUAAACUAAGAAUAGCGUCUGAAAUCGCUAGCGGAUUAGCAUUUUGUCAUUUCUGUGAUAUUUUGCAUCAUGAUAUAAGAAGCUUUUCAAUCGUGCUUUGGGAGCUGGCGUCUCAAGAAAUGCCUUUCUCAGAUGUUACCAACGUACCAGAGUUAGUUAACCGUGUUACGGUACUAGAAGAUCGACCACCACUAAUAAAUGGUACACCAAAAUCUUACGAAAUGAUAAUGAAAUCAGGAUGGAGUCCACAACCCAUACAACGGCCAACAGCUGACACGAUAUUCAGAGAAUUGAAAUCGCUUGUCAGAUCACAAAAUCAUAGGGCUAAUAGUGCUGGUCUUGAUUCAUUUAUUCCUACUCGACGUGAUUCAAUACCUUCAGCAUUAGAAGCCGAUAUUCAAUCCACAUAUUCAAAUAUGGUAGAAGAUGAUUUUGUUGAAAUCCUCGAGUUUAAACCAGAUUUUCCAGAUAUUAGUGAAGCCAAAAAAUUACAUAGUGAGAAAAAAUAUGGUGAAGCGUAUAAAAUCUUCAAAUAUCAUGCGGAUCAUGGAGACGCUGCCGCAGAAUUUUAUGUUGGUUACUAUCUAAUUUCAGGUGACCAUGAUGUGCCACAAGAUAAAGAACUAGCGGUAGAAUAUUUCCGCCGUUCAGCAGAAAAAGAUAUUCCAGACGCACAAUUUAGAUAUGGAGUUGCUUUACUCAGCGGAGAAGGAGUAAAGAAAAGUGCCGAGAAUGAUAGGAUUGCUAUAGAGUAUUUAGAAAAAGCAGCAGUUCGUGGAAAUAUAAAUGCAAUGUUUAAUUAUGGAGAUUUAUUGAUUAAUGGUGCGCAUGGUGUUCGACAAAAUCUAUCAGAAGGUGCACGUUGGUUGAAACAAGCACAUUUGAAAAAACAUCCUCAUGCGUAUAAAAAAUUGUCAGAAAAAUAUAAGAGUUUAGGAAUGGAAAUUCCUCAAGAAAUAAUUGAUGGACUUAAACGAAUAUAA